UAAUGUUCGAAGAUUAUAUAUACAUAGAUGGGCUAGCUACGACCUCUUGCAACUGAAACAUGAGGGCAAAAUGACCUUAGCUCUACCUGUGUGAACAAGUUUGCACUCCUUAUGCACCAUUGCACCAGCCUAAGUUUGACGUCACAGCUACGCCAGUUCACAGCAUGCCGGGGAUAGACACAAUCUUCAAUGCUUCUGGAGUAUCCAGUAACAAGGAUCAAUCAACAUCUCUAUUGUGACCAGUUACUACUCUGUUUGUUUUCUUGAUCCAGAGUGUUGGAUAGACUUGUGCAUUUACAUUAAGCCGGUUCUCUCUGGACUUUUCUGAGCAACAACACCCAACUAUAUCAAACUACCACACUCCGCUAGUUGACAAAUACAUUGGCAUACUGCCGGAUCGAAACGAAACAGAAAAUAGAAAAAAGAACAAUGUCUACUGAGAUCAAGACAAGCAAAGGAACCCAACCUGUUGACCCGUACAAGGCCAGGGGCUUCCAACAGCCCACCCUCGAAGAGAAGAUUCAGGAUCUGGUCCAUUUCAUCGACGAUCUCAAAUAUGGCAUGUUAACAACCAAGCUGUCUUCUGAUUCGGAUCUGCUCACGUCGCGCUGUAUGGCCAUAGCGGGGAUGGAAAACGGGGGCGUCGACCUCAUCUUCCACACAAACCUCUUCUCCGGCAAAACAAUGGAUCUAUCCGUCCACCCGACAGAAACAAACAUGUCCUUCCUCGACCCCGUAAGUGGCUCCUGGGCUUCCAUUUCCGGAACUGCCUCUAUCAUCGCCAACCAGGAAGCCAUCCAGAAGUAUUACUCGCCCGGUUUGAGGACCUGGCUGGGUGACCUGGGUGAUGGUGUGCAUGAUGGUGGACCCUCCGACCCCAGGAUCGGGUUGAUCAAACUCGAAGCGAAACUGUCGACGUAUAUGCUCUCCAAGCAUGGCAUUGUCGGGAGAGUGACUGAGACGGUCAAGAGUGCCGUUCAGGGAAAAGUUCCGGAUAUUAUUUCUAUUCGCGAAUUGUCGGGGGAGGAGCUGGAGAAGUGGCGUCGGACGCAUAAGGAUUGAACGCGGUUAUGUAUCUGCUCAUAUGAGUAUUAAAGUCCCAGAAUUCCUUGUUUUUUCUGCAGAGGGCUCUGGUUCAUAUCGAAGUUCGGACAAGGAUGGAGUCUACCUGUUUUAAUAGUGAUAGCUCAGAGAGGCUGAAUGAAUGAGAAGAGUGCUGUACUAUUCACCAGCGAAUAAAGGUCGACCUCGAAAUAGUCAAAUAGUGAGCACAUGCAUUUGCCAUGCCAGCAAAAAAGAAAGUUAUAUAUCCAACAAUUUUGUUCAUCUGUUCCUGGGUAUCAUUGAUCUUUCGCCCAAAACUCCCGAUACUUGCAUGUUCGGAACAUGUCUAGGUGUAGUGGCUAACCAAAUCCCUCAAAUGGGAAUGCAUACGGAAAUUUUAAAUCUAUGCCAUAUUAGCCCAAUGCCGAAGAAUGAAAGGUAACUGAAUCGGGUUUAUAC